CAGACCCUCUUCCUCCGCUAGCAACUUAUGAGAGCUCCAUGAAAAUCUCUUAUUUUUUUGAAUCUUCUUUUUCUGAUUCUUGUGUUUCGUGAACGAUCUCGUUUCAUCGAUCAAGAUUCUCUUCGGUAGCCUUCUCCCCCAUCAUUGGAGAGUGAGAAGAGCAAAAAGGGGGCAAAUAUUUUCAAAUGGAAUUAGCUGAUAGAGCAGUUGGAUUUCUACUAACUUUUCUUAGCUUAUCAAUAUUCACGUAUUAUACAUUCUGGGUUAUAAUCCUGCCAUUUGUAGAUGGUGAUCACUUUGUGCACAAGUAUUUCUUGCCUCAAGAGUAUGCCAUACUAAUACCGGUUUCAGCUGGUGUUGCAAUUCUUUGCUUCUUGUGCAUAUUUAUUGGAUUAGUCAUGCUCAAAUCAAAAAAGAAGAAGGCUUAAUUGUUUAUGUUUUGGAGGUUAUUUGGUUGUCCUUUAUAAUGUAACUAAUUUUCAUUUUUGUGAAGGCAAUUAGUGUUUUUUUAUCUGGUAAAUUGAGAAGAAAUUUAUUGCUUUAUAA